UCUCUCUGGGUUGACCGUUGCUUAUAGGCUCGCACUCCAACUGUUCGAUGUUUUGCGCCACAGAGACUAACCUGUUCUCGCAAAAUGCAAAGGAAAACCACGAUGCUGCGCUUUCACCAACUUCUGAAAACCUCUCCUCCGUGUGAAUCACAAGCGCAUGCAUUGUCAUCUCCAAUCCCAUGUCACAGAAAAGCCUCCAUGUGGGUCCCGGUGAAGCACAAAUCCAGCGGAGGAAGAAGACCCAAGAGGAAAGUCUACCACAGAGUCCACGAACUUGACAAAGUCAUGGACUUUCAGAAAAAGCCGGCCUUGAUUUUGCAGCUGAAAUCUAUUAUUCAGUCGCAAAAGCACCAAUCUCUCCUUCUCAGGGAUCUCGAGAAAGAAGUUGGGUUUGUUCAGAAAUGGAACUUCAUGGCUGCCAUAGAAAAAUAUCCUUCAAUCUUCUAUGUUGGUGGUGGUAACAGAACGCCCCCUUUUGUUACACUCGCUGAAAAAGCUAAAAAAGUUGCUAGAGAAGAAGCUGAAGCUAAGGAUUUGAUGGAACCCAUUUUGGUUAAAAACUUGAGGAAGCUAUUAAUGCUGUCAGUUGAUUGCCGGGUCCCUCUGGAAAACAUUGAAUUCAUUGAUUCCGAAUUGGGUUUGCCGAAUGAUUUCAAGAAAUCAUUGCUUCCAAAGUACCCUGAAAUUUUUUCGGUCAAGGAACUCAAUGGCAAACUUUAUCUUCAUUUGGAGAAUUGGGAUUCUUCAAUAGCAGUCACAGCUCGUGAGGAACAAUUAGGUGGUGAAUUAGGUGGUGAAGGGAUUUCUGCUCCUUCUGGAUUGGGAAACAAGGUUAGAAUAUCAAAAGAUGGUAACUUUCUAGGUCCCCAUGCAUUUAGAAUGAGUUUUCCUGCUGGUUUUAGGCCAAACACUAGCUAUCUUGAGCAACUUGAAAGGUGGCAGAAAAUGGAUUUCCCUUCCCCUUAUUUGAAUGCCAGGAGAUUUGACAUUGCUGAUCCGAAAGCCAGGAAGCGGGUGGUAGCGGUGCUCCAUGAGCUUCUCAGCUUGACAAUGCAGAAGAGGAUGACAUCUGCUCAAUUGGAUGCGUUUCACUCAGAGUAUUUCUUGCCCUCUAAAUUGCUGCUCUGUCUGAUAAAGCAUCCUGGCAUAUUUUACAUAACUAAUAAAGGUGCAAGGAGCACUGUGUUUCUUAAAGAAGCUUAUGAUGGGCUGAAUUUGAUAAACAAAUGUCCCCUUUUGUUGUUUAACGAUAAAUUUGUAGCACUUAGCGGUAGGAGAGAGAUCAAUUCAUGUAAAACCAUGCAUUCUCCAUAGAUUGUUUCUUGAAAAUGUAAAGUUUUGGUUCUUUUUGUGAUAUUUGUCAUUGCAACUUUCAUGCACUUUAUCUCCCCAAUUUG